AUGCUUGUAGAGAACUGGGCUCUGGUUUCUGGUCGCAGGCAUGGAUGGCAAAAUAACCGGGCGGGUCAUGAACACAAAUUAGUUUCGUGCCUUGUCCCCACGGUAGAGGGUCCUGGUAACCCUGCCUCCUCUACCGGCCGGUUCGUUGUGGGGUCCUCUUCGCUUGGCAUUCUUACGUUCGGUUCGGCCGAUAAUAAGAACUCAGCCCUGGUCCACAACCUCUUAUCCAAACCCCUCGCCGCCACACAUCUCGCAAUCCUACAACGUGGAACAACUUUCAACACAGGAGAUGCUUCACCCGCUGAAUUCAUAGCCGCCCUUAAGUCAGCCCUUCAAUCAUCAAAUGCCUCAGAGGAUACAAAAGAGUCAAUCCGCCAUAAAGCAUCAUCGCUGCUUAUGCAACGCAACCAGUGUGAAGCUCUUGACCGAGAGGGACAGAGAGCAUUAAAAAGUCUAAAAGCCGAUGAAAAAAUAAUCAUUCUGCCGGCUGACAAAUGUCGUUCCACAGCAGUGCUCAACAAAUCUGAUUAG